AGUAUAGGGGCACCGGUAGCUUCCCGCCGCUGUCCUAACGGCCUCUGGGCCCAUCCCCUGAGGGGGCGGGGCCAUCUCCUCCACCUCCCGGUAUUCCCCGAGGAGGCGGCUCCUCAUCCUUUGAGGGUCCUCACAGCUACUUUUUGUCCCUCGUCGAUUCCCAGCUCCUCAGAAGGGGCUUCCCUCUGAUACCCCUCAUUCAAAGGCUCUUCCCACCCCGCACCUCAGCCUUGGAGGAGAGGACUCACAGCAUUGGACACAUUUCCACCAUGCUAAUGGCAUUUUAAAUGUAUUUGGCAAUUUUCCCAAUUUUUUACUGAAGAAAACUUGAAGAGUUUAUACUUGAGGACUGAAGUGUGAUUCUGCUGAUUGUCAGGCUUUCAAGAUGAAUCUGGAAAAACUCAGCAAGCCUGAACUCCUGACACUAUUUAGUAUUCUUGAAGGAGAGCUUGAAGCAAGGGACCUUGUUAUAGAAGCCUUAAAGGCCCAACACAGAGAUACUUUCAUUGAAGAACGCUAUGGAAAAUAUAACAUCAGUGAUCCUUUAAUGGCUCUACAGAGAGAUUUUGAAACACUGAAGGAGAAAAAUGAUGGCGAAAAGCAGCCAGUCUGCACAAACCCACUCUCUAUUCUUAAGGUGGUGAUGAAGCAGUGCAAGAACAUGCAGGAGCGCAUGCUGUCCCAGCUGGCUGCCGCUGAGAGCAGGCACCGAAAGGUGAUCCUAGACCUUGAGGAAGAAAGGCAGCGGCAUGCACAGGAUACAGCUGAAGGAGAUGAUGUCACCUACAUGCUAGAGAAGGAAAGAGAGAGGCUGACUCAACAGUUGGAAUUUGAAAAAUCCCAAGUGAAAAAGUUUGAAAAAGAACAGAAGAAGCUCUCUAGUCAGCUGGAAGAGGAGCGCUCCCGCCACAAGCAGCUCUCAUCCAUGCUUGUGCUUGAGUGCAAGAAAGCCACCAACAAGGCAGCCGAGGAAGGACAGAAGGCAGGAGAGCUGAGCCUGAAAUUGGAGAAGGAGAAGAGCCGGGUGAGUAAGCUGGAAGAAGAGUUGGCAGCUGAGAGAAAGAGAGGCUUGCAGACUGAGGCCCAGGUAGAGAAGCAGUUGUCAGAGUUUGACAUCGAAAGGGAACAACUGAGAGCAAAACUGAACCGAGAAGAGAACCGGACCAAAACUCUGAAAGAAGAAAUGGAAAGCUUAAAGAAGAUAGUGAAGGACCUAGAGGCUUCCCACCAGCACAGUAGCCCUAAUGAGCAAUUGAAGAAACCAGUAACCGUGUCCAAAGGCACAGCAACUGAGCCUCUCAUGCUAAUGUCUGUGUUUUGCCAAACAGAGAGUUUUCCAGCAGAAAGAACCCAUGGGAGCAACAUAGCCAAGAUGACAAACACUGGGCUGCCUGGUCCUGCCACUCCUGCUUACUCAUAUGCAAAAACCAAUGGCCAUUGUGACCCAGAGAUACAAACUACCAGGGAGCUGACUACAGGCAACAAUGUAGAAAACCAAGUGCCUCCACGGGAAAAAUCUGUGGCACUGGCCCAAGAGAAACCAGUGGAGAAUGGUGGGUGUCCUGUGGGGAUUGAGACUCCAGUCCCAAUACCCAGUCCACUCCCUUCCAGUGGGAGCUCACUGUCUCCCAGCAGCACUGCCUCCUCCUCUCUAACAUCCUCUCCUUGCUCUUCGCCGGUACUCACUAAGCGUUUAUUGGGGUCAUCAGCUAGCAGCCCUGGCUACCAAUCAUCCUACCAAGUAGGGAUCAACCAACGGUUCCAUGCAGCUCGGCACAAAUUUCAGUCCCAAGCAGAUCAGGAGCAACAAGCCAGUGGCCUACAAAGCCCUCCGUCCAGGGAUUUAUCCCCCACCCUCAUAGACAACUCUGCCGCCAAGCAGCUGGCCCGAAACACAGUCACUCAGGUGCUCUCCAGAUUCACUAGCCAACAAGGGCCAAUCAAGCCAGUCUCUCCCAACAGCUCUCCCUUUGGCACAGACUAUCGAAAUCUGGCCAAUACUGCCAAUGCAAGAGGUGACACAAGCCAUUCACCUACUCCAGGGAAAGUGUCCAGUCCCCUGAGCCCCCUGUCUCCAGGAAUCAAGUCCCCAACCAUCCCCAGAGCUGAGAGAGGAAACCCUCCACCCAUCCCACCCAAAAAACCUGGCCUCACCCCUUCUCCAUCUGCUACCACUCCACUGACCAAAACUCAUUCCCAGGCAGCCUCUUUGACCACCACAGAAGACCUUGCCAGCAGCUGCUCUUCCAAUACUGUUGUAGCAAAUGGUAAGGAUGUUGAGUUACUUUUGCCUACCAGCAGCUAGUCCCUAGGAGGGAGUCUCCACGUUUGACAUUCCAUCAGAUUUCGUCCAAGAGCUCAGUCAGACUUUUGAGUCAGAUUACGUUAUUUAUUUUGAUAGUAACUGAAACCAUCUGUAUAAUACAUUUAGUGUAUUUCACCAUUUUGUAUUUUUUAAGUAGAAACUGAGUAGUUUGGAUUUUUAUGGCUCACAUCUUUUUACUGAAGCCAGAAAGGCACCUCAAAGAUGUCUCAAGCUCAGCAGUCACCGUCAUGUUGUGAUGAAGAAAGCAAAUCACCAGGUGGUGAUUUGGUAUCUAUUUGGGAACUAAAAUCACUCAACACUCAUUUUGAAUUAUGCAGAAGUGGUUCAUGCAGAUUUUUAUUCCAGAUGAACAUGUUUUAAAAGUGCCUGAAAUAUGACUGCCAUAUGAAUGUGAUUCUGCAGCAAAAAACACAAAAUGGAUCAUUUAAUUGCAGAAAAUGACAUCCUCUGCGAAUUUUGAAUGUUAAAAACCAACACUGCUUUUGAUUCUCUUUUAAUGUUUUAAUACAAGCUUUGUGUUCUGAAACAAGGCUGCAUACGUAGAAUGGGAAUCCUUCUAAAGGUGGGUGUGAACUCACCACAAGCUGAGCUUUAUAGAGCCCUUGAGAAACCCUCCUGAGAAAAUCAGUUGGGGUGCUGAUUUUCUUGUACUUUUGAAAAAUUGAGUCACCCCCAGUUUCCUGCAUAAGUUCUUGAACAGAAUGAAAUCACAUCUCCAUUCAAAAAAUGUCUCAGACAUCUACUGUUGUGUAAGGAACUUCUGAUUCUGAUUGCUGUUACUUGAAUAGGAAAUGGUUACUCAUUCUGUAUAAAAGUUUUGCAACAGAAUGAAAUUUUUAUUCUGUAAUCAAAAAGCAAUAACUUGAAAUUCACUCUUUGUAAUAUUAUAAGUCAGAAUUAUACAAGUUUUACCAAAUUGUUACACUUAUUCUCCAAGCUGCCACAACCUGGUAUCUGUAUCUCUAAAACCAAAUUAACUUUUGCUUAAAUGGGAAGUAUACAUAGAUCUGUACAGAAACAUUACCCCUUUACAUGUUUAACAUACACACACUUAAACACAUAAAUAUUAGUGUGAUUAUAUCUUUGGAGUUUGCAAUAUAGCAUAAAGGACAAGUAGAACUGCACGUUAAGAUUACCUACCAAAGCAACUAGAUGUGGCUGGGACGCAAUCAAAGGAGGAGUUUUGUCCACAGGAUGGUGGGGAAAUUCCAAAUGAAGCCCAGAUCUUCAGUAUCAUAAAAAGGCAGAGCUGGCCAGGCACAGUGGCUCAUGCCUGUAAUCCUAUCACUUUGGGAGGCUGAGAUGGGAGGAUCGCUUGAGACCAGGUGUUCAAGACCAGCCUCAUCAACAUAGCGAGACCCCAUCUCUAUUAAAAAAAAUAAAUAGGCAGAACUAAACUAGCCCCAGUGUCACAAAACUCAACUGGUCAUAUAAAUGAGUGAAACAGGCCUCUCAAGCGGUGUAAAACAGCUGGGAGUAGUGGGAGCUGUGGCAAACUGAAGUGCCCAAGCCCCAUUUAAAAAAGGCAUCUGUUCAGCUCCAUCUGCUUGCUGCCAUGCAAGAAUGCUAAACCAGGAUAACCAGUUCUUCACAUUUUUUGAAAUCCAGAUUUUCAUGAGAAACAUUCUCAUUUUUAAAUAUCAAGAACUGAUUUUAAAAUGUUUAAAUAGUGCUGGUUAAACAAACACUUCUGCAGCUGGAUUUAGAUUGCAAGCUGCCAAGUUGCAACCUCUUUCAUUCUAGAAACUUCUGUCAUUUUCAUCAUAGCAAAUCUAUGUGGACAAAAGCCUCCAAACUUUCCAACUGUGUAGGCCAGUACAGCUGGCAAGGUUCAUAGAAUAUAAUGACUAUCCCCCUCUGCCAAAUAAGACUAUCCACAACCCAGCUCAGACACAGUGGUUAUAUGGAUUUUGUGUCCAUACAGGGGAGGCCUUGGUGUCCUCACAUACAUUCUCCUAGCCAACAUCUAUCCAGCAGCCCUGACCUCCUGCUAUAAUUUAAGUCUAUUUCCUUUUAGUCUAAUAAGAGUUGAUAGUAAAAAGGCAGGUGAUGGAAAUCAGUGUAUAAAUCACAAUGGAGUAUAUUGGCGACUCCACAGCUUAUAGUUUGAUAAAGGCAAAUACGUGAAAAAUGAAAAUGCUACUAAUGCCCCAAGGUGUCUAUCAAAAUGAUGUAGGGGGUAUCUUAAACUGUCCAAAACAAUCAUGCAUUCAACUUUAUUCCUAUGCAGAGCCAAUAGUGUUGAUAAAAUAGUUAAACUUUCUAAACUGGAGAGGAGGCUACAGUGCCAGAGAGUUAUUGUCUCUUUUGCUUUAAAUGGUAAUCUUAAAAGUUGCAUUGUGCUCUUCCUUUGUUUGGGGAUAGAUAUAUAUAGAGAGAGAUACUAUAAGGAAGUUUAUUUCUUAGGAAGUGCACUGAAUAAUGCAUUUCUUUUACAGUGUAAUAUGGGGGUGGGGAUAUGCAAAAGAAAUGUGUAUUUUUGCUAGUUGCCUAUCUUCUGAGAUAAAUAAGCACAAUCUUGCAAUGGAUCCAAUAACCCAGUUAGGUAUUAUAGAUUAGUAUUUAAGUUUGCUGUAGAUUGUGUGUGUGUGCUAAGUAAAAGUUCCAUGAUUCACAAUUUUAGUAUUAACCCAUGUUGCAAAAGCUGUUACUGGCCAACAGAUUGUAAUGAUGUGUACCAUAUAACACAAGCAUUAACUAGGCAUUAACGUUUGUAAAGCCAAAUACACCAUGCAGAAGUCUUCAUUUUUAUAACAGACUACAUUAAAACAAGUUAAAUCAUGCUGUUUGGGGGGAAAAUAGUCUUGUUUGUACAAAGUGAAAAAUGGCACAAUUUGGGCAUAUUUUGUUGGGAAGAGGGGGUGGUAUAGAGGGAGCACUUGACUGUGGCUUUGACAAACCAAAUGAAGUCAAUGACCCAUCCAGGUUAGACUCCCUAAGGAACUAAAACAUUGAUUUUCUUUAGAGUCUUAGAGCUGGAAAAAGCCUUUACAAUAAUCCAGUCUGUGAUUUUUUAAACCAUUUGGUGGUUCUGGACCUUUUUGAGAAUCUUAGAAAAGAUGUAAAGUUCAUCCCUAGAAAAAUGAAUAUGCCUAUAUGCAAAAUUUGUUUGAUGGCUUCAUAGGAUCCAGAGACCCUGAAGCCAUCCAUGGCUCAUGUAUUCCUGCUUAAGAAAGCAUAGUCUUGUUCUGCCCUCUCAUUUUACAAAUGAUUAAUGCAACCCUUUUCAACUACUCCAGUGCUGUUGCUGCUGCAAUGUUAGCAAAUGCAAGCCAGACAGAAGCACUUGAAAAUCCUUUGAUGUACAAAAAAUGUUCAAACAGUGUGGAUGUUUACAUAUCUGAUGUUGCCAGCAUUUAAGCCAAUUAAUGAUCAUUUCAACAAAUACUAGCUAUAGCCAGUUUCCCUUAAUAGCCUGUCAGCAGUGCUGCCUUGUCAGUUUGUGUGCGUGUGUGUGUGUCUGUGUGUGUGAAUUCAUAAGGAGUGCUUCUGAUGCGUAGUCCUUGAAAUGGAACUUCAAAUGUCUUUCGAAACGCUGGCUUCAAAAUAGGAUGUGUUUUCCUAAUGAAUCAGAAGUAGGCAGUGAGCAUUGUUCCACAGGAAUAAUUUUUAAUUUAAUUUCUAUCAAACUAGUUGAGAAAUGAGAGCCUGUCUACCCACUAUUUGUAUAUCAAUGGCCAAUUCAUUAGUAAAAAUAAAGGAGGAGAAAGGAGACUGGA